AAUAAGUCCAGCCUUCAAUCCUCAGUAAACAAAUUUGGAUCUGAAUGUCCAAGGCGCGCUAUUUUUCUUUGGCGUCACGUCUGAUUCAAAAUGUUUGAAGUUGUUUCGAGGUUAAUUGGGGAUUUGUCGUCAUAUUUCACGGAAGUUCAAGUUUCUUUCAUUAAAUACGUUGUGGCUGCCCUUUUAUUUACCUCCACAUCGUUAUUUCUUGUUCGCCGGAGUUAUAAUAAGGAAUCAAUUAGUAGUACGACGAAGAAACCAAAGACACGUAUUAAAAAAAGUAAAAGUAAAACUGUGGAUGAAAGGGCUUCUUCUUUGGAUGAUGACCGCAGAGAAGCCAAAAGACCUGCAGUCCUGAUAUCCAACCAAGUUGCAGAACACAAUCCUAAUCCUGCCCCAGUGUCUCUCCAAGAUUCUAAGAUGACUCAGAAUUUAACGAGGGACGUUUCAUUGCCCGAAGAAAACAAUGAUCAAUGGGUAACUGUUAAGAGAAGCAAGAAAGGAGAGCAGCAGACGAAAAGUAAAAGUAGUUCUAUAGAGCCUGUGACUGUGGUUCAUGAAGUCGUCAAGACGAGAAGCAAGAACUCUGUCGAUCAACCCAGACCGAAUAAACUAUCAGGUGGUGAAUCUCGUGCCAAGAAGUUGCCACGUGUACCGCAUAUUCCAUCCUUCAGUCAUCCUACUUCUGAAUCUGAUGGUGAGUGGCAUGAAGUGAAACUUCCUAAGAAAGGACGUAAAAUAGCCAAGAACUGAGUUUUCGAUUACUUCGGAACUGUACAUAUCCCCUGUGAUUACUAUAAGUGCCUAAAUUGCUAUGCAGAGAUAUUGUCGUUCUUUCAUUCCACUUUAUGUUAUGCCACUCUUAUACUUUCAGUAUGUACUAAUGUAUUGUAUCACUUGGGAUUUGAUUGCUGGCAGUCACCGAACUUUUGAUUUUUCUGUCAGCUACACUUUUCCUUACGUUUAUACGGCUCACCAUUUGUAAUAAUAUGACCCUGGUGUACAACAAUGUUGUUUUGCUAAAAUCUCAUCCUGAAUUUGUAGGAAGAAUUGUUUUAAGUAGUAAUAGUUAUCUUACUUUUCCUUCAUUAUGAUUCAAGUUAAAUAUUUAUAAGGGUGAUCGUGAAAGGAUUCCGAAUAACCAACUGAAUAUCCAUACCUAUCACAUGAACCACACUUUCUUUGUAAGGAUUCAAUUGCCAAAUCAAAGU